AAAUUCGUUUCUUCCUCUUCCUUCUCAACUCACAAUUUUAUGUCUCACAGACUCAACGUUCCACACUUCGCAUCUAUAGCUUUCGGUCUCCAUUCCCAUCUCCUGGUUUCCAGUGAGAUGAACUCUAAUUCCAAUUGGAUUUAAACUUGAAAUUUAUUCUAUUUUUUCCAAAUUUUUUGCAAUUUUUCCCAUUACCUAAUUCAUAUUCAUUCUUUUUUGAAAAAGUUUUCGUCUCGAUUCAUUUGGUAUAAUGGGUGUUAAGGGAUUUGUUGAAGGAGGUAUUGCUUCGAUUAUUGCUGGUUGUAGUACUCACCCACUUGAUUUAAUCAAAGUCCGUAUGCAGCUUCAGGGAGAAACCCCAAUUUCAGCUCCGGCGACUGUUCACAAUCUCCGUCCAGCACUUGCUUUUCACACUGGUGCUGCUAAUCAUACUAUUUCCAUUCCGGCGCCGUCGGUUGUUGCUCCACCGCGUGUAGGACCGGUUUCUGUAGGUGUUAAGAUUAUUCAACAAGAAGGUGUUGCUGCUUUGUUCUCCGGUGUAUCAGCUACUGUUCUCCGGCAGACACUUUACUCUACAACCAGAAUGGGUUUAUACGAUAUGCUGAAGCAAAAAUGGACGGAUCCAGAUACUAACAUCAUGCCUUUGUCGAAGAAGAUCGUUGCCGGACUAAUCGCCGGCGGGAUCGGAGCUGCCGUCGGUAAUCCCGCCGAUGUAGCAAUGGUCCGCAUGCAAGCCGACGGCCGGCUUCCGAUCUCUCAACGCCGCAACUACAAAAGCGUGAUCGAUGCAAUUACUCAGAUGAGUAAAAGCGAAGGGGUAACUAGCCUGUGGCGCGGUUCAUCUCUUACUGUGAACCGCGCCAUGCUAGUUACCGCAUCGCAGCUAGCAUCGUACGAUCAGUUCAAAGAGACUAUCCUCGAGAAGGGGAUAAUGAAGGAUGGGCUUGGGACACAUGUGACUUCGAGCUUUGCUGCUGGGUUUGUGGCGGCGGUGGCGUCAAAUCCUGUGGAUGUGAUUAAGACACGUGUUAUGAAUAUGAAGGUCGAGCCGGGAAUGGCCCCACCGUAUAAUGGGGCCAUUGAUUGUGCAAUGAAAACUAUCAAAGCUGAGGGGCCAAUGGCAUUGUAUAAGGGAUUUAUUCCAACAAUCUCAAGGCAAGGUCCAUUUACUGUGGUGCUCUUUGUCACACUGGAACAAGUCAGGAAAAUGCUUAAGGAUUUUUAAUGAUGAUGACGAAGAAAAAAAUAAUAAUGGGAUUUUAGUAUAAGAAUUUUAAAAAAAGUUUAGUUUAAUUUAUGUUUUUUUAAGUUUUAAGUUUGGGAAAGUGAUACUAUGUUGUGUUCUAAUAUUAUUAUUAUUAUUGUUACUUCUAUAUGAAAAAUGAGUUCUUGAUUGGUGAAAUUAAUGAUUCUUGAUUAA